AUGGCCGCUCCGCCGCCGGUGCUCACCCUGGCGGUGGAGAAGGGCCCGCGUGCCGGAGAGACCCGGCAGUGCCGCGCGGGCGCCGCUCUCCGCGUCGGCCGCGUCAUCUCCGGCAACGACCUCGCCGUGCGCGACGUGGGCGCGUCGCAGCGCCACCUCGCCAUCGAGUUCCUCCCGCCGCCCGCGGCCCGGUGGGCCGUCUCCGACCUCGGCUCCUCCAACGGCACCUUCCUCAACGGCGCCCGCCUCGCGCCCUCCGUCCCGGCCCCGCUCUCCGACGGGGACCUAAUCGUCCUCGGCGAGUCCACCAAGCUCGCCGUGUCCAUCGCGCCCGAUUCGGAGGCGAAGCCCGCCCCUAGGCGCUCCUCGCGCCGCGCGGCGAAGGUGGUGGAGGAGGAACCGACCCCCGCGGUCAUCCGCCGGAGCACACGGAAGAAGGCGGGGCCCUCCGAAGCUGAGAAGGAAGGGCUGGACGCAGCGACAGUGGUGGUGGUGGAGGAAGAGAAACCCCAGAUGGUUACUCGCCGGAGCAGACGGAAUAAGGCGGCUGCACCCGAGGCCCUGGAAGCGGGUAAGGAGGAGAUCGAGGAGGCCGCAUUGGAGGCACGCCGCGGUAGGAAGAAGAAGGCUGUGGAGCCCCCUGAACCAGAGAAGGCGGAGGAACAGAAAGAGGAGAAGGCAGCGGUGGCCACACGCCGCACGAGGAGGAAGAAUGCUGAGCCCUCUGAAUCAGAGAAGGGAGAUGAGGGGAAAGAUGCAGUGACGGUCGCCCCACCACCAGUGCCUAGGACGACAAGGUCCAGAAGGGCUCAGGGAAGGGUUACAGUGCCUUGUGCAAUGGAGACUGUUCCUGAGGAGGAGGAGAGAGAUGAGGUGGUUGCACCGGCAGAGGAGAAGGGUGAUAAGGUGGCAGCUGGGGGAGAAGUGGAAGGGACUGCGAAGGCAUUGGAGGAAAUGCCAGUUGCUCCAAGAGGGCGGACACGAAGAGCACCAAAAGCUAUGACCAAUGCUCGCUGUGCUGCUUCUGACAAUGUCGAUAAGGAGGUAAAGGGUGGUGGAGAAGAGGAAGAGGAUGGCAAGAGAGAAGCGAUUGUCAGUGGAGGAAAAGUAGGGGAUGUGGAAAAUGCGGAGGAGCGUGCCAGGAGAAGCAGCCUGGAGACCAUGCCUGUUGCUCCAAGAGGGCGGGCACGAAGAGCGCCAAAGGGGAUGACCAAUGCCCAGUGUGCUUCUUCUGACAAUGUCGGUAAGGACAUAAAUGGUGCUGAAGAAAAGGAAGAGGAUGGCAAGAUGGAAGCUGUUGGCAAUGGAGGAGAUGUAGAGGAUGUGGAGAACACCGAGGAGCUUGCUGGGAGAAGCAUCUUGGAGACCGUGCCAGUUGCUGGGAGAGAGCAGGCACAAAGAGCGCCAAAAGGGAUGACCAAUGCCCAGUGUGCUUCUUCUGACAAUGUCGGUAAGGAGAUAAAUGGUGCUGGAGAAGAGGAAGACGAUAGCAAGAGGGAAGCGAUUGUCAGUGGAGGAAAGGUAGGGGAUGUGGAGAAUGCAGAGGAGUGUGCUGGGAGAAGCAGCCUGGAGAUCAUGCCAGUUGCUGGGAGAGAGCAGGCACAAAGAGCGCCAAAGGGGAUGACCAAUGCUCGGUGUGCUGCUUCUGACAAGAACAGAGGUGAGGAGAUAAAGGAUGGUGGAGAAGAGGAACAGGGUGACAAGAAGGAAGCAGCUGGCAAUGGAGGAGAUGUAGAGGAUGUGGAGAAGGCAGAGAAGCGUGCUGGGAGAAGCAGCCUGGAGACUAUGACAUUGGGGGAGUGGUUUGACCGGAUGGAAAAGUACCUUCCAAGAACGAUCAAUGAGGCUGCUGAUGAGAUGAUAGCGACUAUGGAGGAGAAGCAUCGACGAAUCAUUGAGUACAUUUCGACGAUUGGAAAUAGUUCCAAUCCAAAGAAGUCACUGGAGACUCAUGCACAGGAGAGAAAACAAGAGGAGCAAACUGAAGCUGGAAGUCAGAAGGAGACUUCACUGGUGGAAAGAGAACUACAUGCAGAUGAACACAGAGAAGAGGAUAGAAAAAGGAUUUUAGCACUAUACAAGUCCAAGCGUGACGAGGAAGAAAGAGCAAGAGGGAGAAUCCAAAAUCAAGUCCAAGAGGAUAAGAGGGAGAGGAUUCAAGCUGCUAAAGAUCUUAUGGAAGCAAAACGGAUUCUUGAAGAAAAACAAAGAAAACGCAUGAUGGAAAGUCAAAAAGCAGAACGAGAGGAGGAGAAAAGAGCAAGAGAGAGAAUCCGUCAACGUAUAAAUGACGAUAAGGCAGAAAGGAGGAGAGGACUUGGUUUGCCGCAGGAAAAUACAGUAGCAUCAACCCCGAUAGUAACUCCCAAAAAGGUAAAACCUACUGAACCUGUUGUAACAUCGGAACAACUGAAAGACUGCCUGCGCACUCUGAAAAAGAAUCACAAGGAUGACAAUGCUAGAGUCAAAAGAGCAUUCCAAAUAUUGCUGAAGAUAAUCGCCAACAUAGCAAAGAACCCAGAAGAGGAGAAGUUCAGAAGGAUUCGCCUAAGCAAUCCUGUUUUCAAGGACAAGGUGUGCAGUCUGCAAGGCGGCGUCGAGUUCCUGGAGCUGUGUGGGUUCCAGAAGCUGAGGAACAACAGCUACCUGUACAUGCCGAGGAGCAAGGUCGACGUGGCGCUCCUCAAUGCCGCAGGGGUUGAGAUCGCGUCUGCCAUGGAGAAUCCCUACUUCGGUCUGCUCUCGAAGUGAGCGGGACAGCCUUCAUUCAUCUCUGCAUCACAUUAAGAGCCCAUCUACUUCGUACAAGCUUCGUGGUAAUGGAAUGGAGUACCAGUGAAUGGACGGCACUGUGGCGAAUAGAUCUCGUCGAUCGGAUCUAUCCCCUGUUGCUGGCAAAUUAUGUACCACCAUAGCGCAACAUUUGCUUUCCAAUAAAUCCACUGGGGUUUCCUGGCAACAAUGGCCUGGUGUUUCUCAUCUUACCAAAGAAAACGGUGCGUGAUUGCAAUUGUAUUCACGAAUCCUCAUGCAGGAGAAAUCAA